CCAUCAACAAACAUCAGAGCGGACACGAUGGAUCAGAGCGAGAACGAGGUCGAUGAAGUCACAGCUCUUGCCGGCCCUCACCAGCAACAUGUCGGAGCUAGACGGGCCUCGGCUGCGCCGUUCUGGAACACAGCGUCGCCAACCGAGAACGAAGGCGACAUCUGGGAACUGUUUGAAGUCUAUCGUCGAUCGGCGAACCGCUACAUGAACCAGUACUUCGACUGUCUGGACCGCCUACGGGCUUCUAGCGCUGAAAUCAACGCGGGUGGUCACUCACAGGAAGUCGCCAUCCGCGAAAACUCCGAUGCGGAGGGCGAUGUCUGGCUGCUUAAGAUCUCACAUGACAGCGCGGUACGGGAUCUCGCCGCGCUAGACAAGAUUCUAGACAAAGCCAAGAGUGAAGAAAAACCGCGAGUGAGAGACGUUUCUCCAGCCGUAGUUUUGUGGACUUGUACAUGCUCUGUUCUGGCCUUGGGUCUACCCAAGAAGGUGCCUUGGGCCUUAUUACAGGUCAGCGCCCUUGCCGGCACCCUUGCCGGCGCCCUGCUGCUCAUUUUCCGCAUCGUCCGGAAACCUCCCCGGGUCAACAGGCUGGACCCUGUGCAGCACAAGGUCCGAGACCUGAUCCGUUUGUUUGAGCAAGGUGCGAUGAGGCAGCGAGACCGGGGUGAGGUCCUCAUCUCUCCUGUGGACUUGAACACAUGCAGCUAA